GCGGCCGAGGACGCAGCGUGGGAGGUGCUGCUCAGCCACGAGACGGACGAGUCAGAAGACCAGAGUGAGGAAAUGCAGGCGACGAUCACUGCGGUCUUGGACCUGGUGAAGGCUUUUGAGAAGGUGAGCCUCCACGUGCUGUGGGAGGCUGGGAAGCAGUUGAACUGUAACGCAGGAGUGCUGGCGGUGGCGUGCUCGUAUUUCGCAAAGACGAGGCGACUGAUCGUGGGCGAUUCGGUCUCCAGCGAGACGAGAACGGUGGGCGCCAUAAUAGCAGGUAGCACAUUUUCGGUGUGCUUCCUGAAGACGGUCGUUCAAUCUACGAUGGGCGACCUCGUUGUGGAGAGGCCGCGUGCGAGAUGGCGCAUGUGCGUGGCUGACCUGUGCGCGAGGGUGAGACAGCAGCACAAGUACAUCGUUAACGAGUUCAGCGGGACGAUCGACGCGUGCUUCGCGGUGUUCGAGCAGUUGGGGCUGAAGUUCUCGGUGACAGCGCAGGCGGUGGCAAAGGACAUGCAGGACAGGGGCAUUCCACUUGUGAGGGCGUGCCCAUACCUUGGCGUCGACAUCGUAGCGCAUGGCGCGGCGGCCAAGAGCGGCAAACACUAUAACAUCAUGAUGGCCAGGAGCAGGCGGCUGCUCAACGUUGAAGGAUCUGGGCGCAAGAUGGCGAGAGGCGUCGGUUUGGUAUUCAAGUACGGGCUGAAGAGGUCGGUGCUGCACGGCUGCGAGUGCUUGGGGAUGCCAGAUUACCAGUUGAGAGCGGUCAUCCUGUCCAUGAGGAGGGCGAGUUGGAUCUGGCCAGCAUGGCAUACGUUCGUCACCAAGGAGGGCUACGAGCUGAACAUGAUGGAUGCUUGCCCCAUGGACGUUGCAGCUAUGUUACGCAAGGAAGUGCAGAGUAAGCUGUUGGAGGACUGGGCCAAGGCCGAGGAGUACCAGAGGUUGAGCCCAGCGCCUUUGCUGGCGCCAGCGGUUGCCCAGUUGCGUGCCAAGGAGUUCCCACAACACGCAAAGAACGCGGCGAAGAAGGCGUUCCUGGGCGGGGCUUGGACGAUGGCGAAGAUAAGCCAAUGCAACAUCGUGCCGACAGACAUCUGUUUGGCGUGCGGCACGGCAGUAGGGACGGAACACCACAGGUACUACCAACGUGAGGCGCUCAGGGAGCAGCGGUUGCAGGCGCAGGCGGAGUGGCAGACCGUGGCGGAGCUGCAGGACCAGUACUGCGGCCAAGAGGUGCAAAGCGAUGAGGACCACUUCACGGGCGACAUCGUGUGCGACGGAUCAAAGCUGAGCUACAGCGAAUGGGUGCUGGAGCGGAUGAUGCCGCCAGGUCGCAUCUUCACGGGCCACAAGGGCAUCCUUGAGGGCUUGCAGAAAGGCGAGCGGUGGUGCACGAGCUGGAAGAGGCCGCAUGCUGACAUCUGGAAGCGGAUCUGGCACAAGGUAAAGGACCUGGACUUGGACAUCGGGUGCGUGAAGCACGCGAAGGCGCACAGGUCCAAGACAAAGAUCGGGCAGUUGGAAGGCGCCGACCUGAACAUUGCGAAGGGCAACAGGGAGGUGGACCUGCUGGCAAAGGCAAGGGCAUAG